AUGGCCCUAGUUCUGCUGACACAGACAGGAAGUUGCUCAAAGACCAAUCAGGAAACAGUCCAGUACAUCAAGAAGAAGAUCAGAAAAGAUCUGGACGUAUUUGACCUGAAGAAAUACUGUGCUUCAGAGGAGGCUCUUCUGAGGCUGCUGCCAGUGGUCAAAGCCUCCAACAAAUCUCUUGGCUGUAACCUCUCAGAGAGAAGCUGUGAAGCUCUGUCCUCAGUUCUCAGCUCCAAGUCCUCUAGUCUGAGAGAGCUGGACCUGAGUAACAACAACCUGCAGGAUUCAGGACUGAAGCUGCUGUCUGCUGGACUGGAGAGUCCAAUCUGUACACUGGAAACUCUCAGUCUGUCAGGCUGUUUGAUCACAAAGGAAGGCUGUGCUUCAUUGGCCUCAGCUCUGAGCUCCAACCCCUCCCAUCUGAGAGAGCUGGACCUCAGCUACAAUCAUCCAGGAGACUCAGGAGCGAAGCUGCUGUCUGCUGUACUAGAGGAUCCACACUGGAGACUGGACACUCUCAGGGUGGACCAUGGUGGAGAGCAGAGGUUAACACCUGGACUGAAGAAGUACUCUUGUGAACUCACAGUGGACACAAACACAUUGAACAGAGAGCUCAAAGUGUCCGACAACAACAGGAAGGUGACAUAUGUGGAGGAGCAGCCAUAUCUUGAUCAUCCAGACAGAUUUGGUUUCUGGUAUCAGCUGCAGUGUAGAACCGUUCUGACUGGUCGCUGUUACUGGGAGGUCAAGUGGAGAGGAAGAGUUCAUGUAUCAGUGACUUACAGAGGAAUCAGAAGUAGAGGAGAAAGUUGUGACUCUUUGUUUGGAAGGAAUGAUCAGUCGUGGAGUCUGUACUGCUCUGAUGGUCAUUACUGUGUCAUCCACAAUAAGAAAGUAACACACCUCCCCCUCUCCCCCCCCUCUGGUAGAGUAGCAGUGUAUGUGGAUUGUCCUGCUGGCUCUCUGUCCUUCUUCAGAGUCUCCUCUGACACACUGAUCCACCUCCACACCUUCAACACCACCUUCACUGAACCUCUUCAUCCUGGGUUUGGGUUCUGGUCACCUGCCUCCUCAGUGUCUCUGUGUUGUCUGUAAGAGGAGACAACUUCCAGUCCUGUGGUUUAGAUGUUGGUGGUGGACGAGGCUUCACUUUGGUUCACUUUGCCAUCACAGAUGUUAUUUUAUAAGAAAUGGUGAAAUGAUUUCCUCAGGGCUUGUUGUGUACAAACUGUGUUGACUUUGAUACUUUAAUGACGUUUUCUUUGGAGCAGCAUGAAGCUGCUAAUAAUGUCUGUGGUGAUUGUUAAUGAGUUCAAUAAAGUUUAAAAACAACAUGUUUUUACAAAUGUAAAUCUUUAUAUUUUGGAUAAAUACCACAUGUUGAAAUGUUCGUUACAAAGUUCUAACCUAAUGAAAAAACUUUUAUCCUCUAAAAAAUGUAAAGUGUAGCACAAAGUAGAGAUUCACACUGUCCUCAUAAACACCGUGAGAAAGAAACUGUACUUAUACAAACUACUAUUCAUGUGCACACUGUAGACGAUCACACUGUCCUCACAGUCACACGGUCCUCAUAUAUACUCUACUUAAACACACCCACACACACACUGUCCUCGUAAACAUUUUGUCCCCCUGAACACUGUCCUGAAGACACACUGUGUGAGUUUGUGUGUGCAGGACAUUUGAUGCCAUCAUCUGUUCUGGACCAGUGGACAAAACAGAUAUUAUAAUAAUAAUAAUGAAGAA